AUGCAUAUCCGCGAGAUGCUUUCAGACGCCGAGAGGACCGGCCACCCGUCCUUCUCGUUCGAGUACUUCCCCCCCAAGACCGCCCAGGGUGUGCAGAACCUCUAUGAUCGUAUGGAGCGCAUGUACGACUUCGGCCCCAAGUUCAUCGACAUAACCUGGGGGGCCGGCGGCCGAAUUGCCGAGCUAACCCUCGACAUGGUCGUCCAGGCUCAGGCCUACUUCGGUCUGGAAACCUGCAUGCACUUGACCUGCACCGACAUGGGGGAAGAGAAGGUCAACGACGCCUUGAGGAAGGCUUACAAGGCCGGGUGCACCAAUAUCCUGGCGUUGCGAGGCGACCCCCCGAGGGAGAAGGAGAAGUGGGUAGCCACCGAGGACGGCUUUCGGUACGCGAGAGAUCUCGUCGCUCACAUACGAAAGGUGUACGGAAACCACUUCGAUAUCGGCGUCGCCGGCUAUCCCGAGGGCUGCGACGACAAUAAGGACGAGGACCUGCUGCUGGAUCACCUGAAAGAGAAGGUCGAUAUGGGCGCCACUUUCAUCGUUACCCAGAUGUUCUACGACGCUGACAACUUCAUACGGUGGGUGGGUAAAGUGCGUGAGAGAGGCAUCACCAUCCCAAUCGUGCCCGGGAUCAUGCCAAUUGCCACUUACGCCUCCUUCAUCCGACGCGCAAACCAUAUGAACUGCAAGGUGCCCGAGAAGUGGAUGACUGCCCUCGAGCCGGUUAAAAAUGACGAUUCGGCCGUGAGGGAGGUCGGGAAAGUGCUAGUCGCCGAACUGUGCCGUAAGAUUAUGGCCGCCGGCAUUGUCCAUCUUCACUUUUACACCAUGAACCUGGCCCAAGCAACCCGCAUGGUCCUAGAGGAGCUAGACUGGAUGCCAACCACUACCCGUCCUAGGAAGCAGGCCCUACCGUGGAAGCAAUCACUCGCCCUCGGCCGGCGCGAGGAAGACGUCCGGCCCAUUUUCUGGCGCAACCGCAACAAGUCGUACGUGUCGAGGACCCAAGAAUGGGACGAGUUCCCGAACGGCAGAUGGGGCGAUUCGCGUUCUCCGGCCUUUGGCGAGCUCGACGCGUACGGUGUCGGCCUGACGGGUACCAACGAAUCGAACCGCAAGAGAUGGGGCGAGCCGAAAUCCGUCCGAGACAUCGCGACCCUAUUUGUCAGAUACAUCGAACAGGACAUCCCCUCGUUGCCCUGGAGCGAAGCGCCCCUCACGGCCGAGUCCGACUCUAUCAAGGAUGACCUCAUCAAGCUCAACCAGCGCGGCUUGCUGACUAUCAAUUCGCAGCCGGCAGUGAACGGCGUGAAGUCGACGCACCCGGUACACGGAUGGGGUCCCGCGAACGGGUAUGUCUACCAGAAGUCGUAUCUCGAGCUGCUCGUGGCCCCUGAAUUGUUCCCCGAGGUCGUCCGGAGAAUCGACGCCCACCCAGACUUGUCGUACUACGCCGUCACCCAGUCGGGGAAGUUAACCACCAACACCCCGUUCGAGGGGCCUAAUGCCGUCACGUGGGGAGUGUUCCCGGGCAAGGAAAUUGUUCAACCCACCAUUGUCGAGAGCAUCAGCUUCUUAGCCUGGAAGGACGAGGCGUAUAGACUUGGCAUGGACUGGGCCCAUUGCCAUGACGCGAACUCGCCUAGCCGUGUCUUGAUCGAGACGAUGAUGAACCAGUGGUACCUAGUUAACAUCGUAAACAACGACUUCCAUCAGCCACGGACUAUUUUUGAAUUAUUUGACGGGUUGGCUGUCAAGGACAUCGGUGUGCCCGUGACAGUUCCGCUCCCGAUAUCGGGGCCGCAGGUGAACGGGCAGACUAAUGGGAUUCAUGAAGGGGCAAGCACUAGCAUCGGCGCUGCCAGCAGGGACGGGGCGGCGGCAACGGUAACAGCAUGCGUUUGA